UUUUAAUUUUAACAUUUUACAGAUUUUUGAGGAUGGGGUAUGGUUCAGGACCUGGUCCUAUACCUCCUCGCUGGUUAAACUGUCCAAGGAAGUCGGAUGCAUUGGUGGCGAACAGGUUUGGGUAUAUUCCUAGAUACAUGAUGCUGAUAGAUGGAGCUGAUGAAGUUUAUUUUAUUGACCGAGAUAAUUGUGUUUAUCAAGUUUCUUCUCUUACAUUCCUUCAUAGAAAAGACAAGAACAAGCAUAUAUCUGAUACACUUCUUGGUUUUCUUGUGAGUGCUUUCCUGAUCGAAGCUUUUGAUUGGUCCGUUGACAUGGCGGUCAAUUCGUUUAUUGCUGCUAGAACUCCAGGUAUUUACAAGGAAGCGUACUUGAAGGAAUUGUUCCGAAGGUAUGCUGGGGACCCUGAUGAUGCACCUCCUGCACCUGAAUUACCAGACUGGUGUUACGAGGAAGAGACUGGUGUAGAUGAGGAUGGGGAACCUGUUCAGCAACCUAAGCACAAGAUGCCUAAACGAGGUGGAAAGUUUAUGGAAGGAGUACCUGGAGUUAGACUCUUCAUUACACAACCUAAACUAUCAACUAUUCAGAAGAAAGUGCAGAAAAUCUGCGAAUGGAGUAAAGGUGGCUUCCCUGGUUGUCAGCCUGUAUCCAUGGAUAAACAGAAUCUCAGGUUUAUACAGGAUAAACCCUACAAAGUAUCCUGGAAAGCUGAUGGAACAAGGAACAAAUCUGAUAAUCGUGAAAUCUCUCUAUUUUCUAGCUUGCAGAUUUAUGGAGAGAUGGUGAUUGAUACAGUACAAGGGCAGAAGUUUCCUAGAUUUCUAGUCUAUGAUAUUAUCAGGUUUGAAGGAAACGAGGUUGGGAAGGUAGAUUUCGGUACACGGCUUAUAUGCAUAGACAAGGAAAUUGUUGGAGCUAGAAAUACAUACAUAACACAAGGUCUUAUUGACAAAACAAAAGAACCAUUUUCUGUUCGUAAAAAGGAAUUCUGGGAUGUCAGUGAUACAUAUAAACUACUAGAGGAUAAGUUUACUAAAGGAUUAGCUCAUGAACCUGAUGGACUUAUCUUCCAACCCGGCAGAGAACCCUACCAUCCUGGCCAAGAUGAUACAGUACUUAAAUGGAAACCAGCCAGUAUGAACUCCGUAGACUUUAAGCUGAAGAUUGUUCGAGAAGAAGGUCGAGGUCUUCUACCAAGACAAAUCGGUCAGUUGUAUGUGGGUGGAUUAGACACACCCUUCGCUCAGAUGAAAAUCAACAAAGAUAUCAAGAAUCUGGACAACAAAAUUAUAGAAUGUAAAUGGGAUAAUAACCAGUGGACGUUUAUGAGAGAAAGAACGGAUAAAAGUUUCCCAAACGGUUACAAAACUGCAGUUUCUGUUAUUAAUAGUAUUAAGGACCCUGUGACAGAGCAGCUACUCCUUGACUUUAUCCAACAUCAACGGUGGAGAAAACCAGAUAUUGAAUCCAUGCCUCCACCACAUAAAAUACAGCGCAGAUAAAACAUGAGAGAUCCCUCUUUACCAACCUUCAAACCUAUUCUUUAAUAAAAUAAUAAUUAAAGGGAUUUCCCUUUAAGUCCCCCUCUUCUAGAAUUCUUGCUAUAAUAUUUUUGAAAAAUGUUUUGAAAAAAUUAUUUUUGAAAUGUCUUUGAAAUCUUUGAUUGUCCUAUCUUAAUAUAAUUAUGUCAGUACUGUUGUAUCAAAUGUAAAAUGUUCAAUGAUAUCAGUAAAACGGAGAACAAAAUCGAAUCUUUGGUCAAACGAAUUAGAAAGUGACUUCUUGAACUAAAUAAG